UCCUGUGAGAGCUCUUCGACCUCUGCCACAACGCCAGGGCUCACACCCUCCUCCAUCUGCUCGAGGUGAACCAAAAACAACUGAUACCAGCUCUCAGUGAUACGUGUUGGGUCCCUGCUAUGAUAACAGUAACUUUCUCAAAUGUUUACAAAACAAGCGGGAACCCAGUGUGCCUGUAUCAAUCUCUAUUGCUGUUCGAUUACAUCAUAGAAAGUCUAAGGCCUUCAAAAGCCGUACAGCAAACCCAUCUAAUCUGGUGCCUAUUACACGCAAACUAAGAUUGCUGUGGGGACAAAAACUGUUAAGUUAGCACUUUUAAACAUCCGCUCACUUAAAAAUAAAUCACUUCUAGUCAAUGACUUAAUUAUCACAUACAACCUGGAUUUUAUGUUUCUAAAUGAAACUUGGCUAGAAGACAGCUGUAGUGCAACAGUCCUUAAUGAAACAUCCCCUCCUAACUUUACUUAUUUGAGUGUCUGCAGAGAAGGUAGACGAGGUGGGGGUUUAGCUGCUCUUUUUAAAGAUGUCUAUCAAUGUAAGCAAAUAUCAUUUGGGAAUUACCCGUCUUUCGAAUAUCUGGGUAGUGUGUUAAAAGGUGCUCCACGCAUUUUACUUAUCAUUAUUUACAGGCCUCCAAAAUACUCUCCAGCCUUCGCUGAGGACUUUACAGAACUGUUAUCAACAAUUACCUCAGAGUUUGACUGUUUUGCCAUUGCUGGAGACUUUAACAUUCACAUAGAUAAUGCAGAAAACAAUAUGACAAAAGAAAUCAUAACUGUUUUAAAAACUUUUGAUCUGACUCAGCAUGUACAUGGAUCCACACACAAUCAUGGACACACACUAGAUUUACUUAUCAGUAAGGGUCUAAACAUUUCAUCGAUUGUUAUUAAGGCACUGUCUGAUCAUUUCUGUGUUUUCUUUGAUAUAUUGAUCUCUCCUGCCAUUGAAGCUAGAUCUGUGUCUGUCAAGAAGAGAUGCUUAAAUGAGAACACUAGUGUACUAUUUAUGAAGGCUAUAUCUUUAACACCAAGUAUAUCUGCUGACUCUGUUGAUUUUCUCCUUGAUUCUUUUAACUCAAAAGUUAAAAGUGUAAUUGAUGAUAUUGCUCCUGUGAAAGUCAGGAAGAAGAGUGGCAGACAAAAAGCGCCUUGGAGAAACUCAACAGCAGUGCAAAAUAUGAAAAGACAAUGCAGAAAAGCAGAGCGCAUGUGGCGGAAGACAAAACUUGUAGUCCAUUAUAACAUCUACAAAGACAGCAUCCAUGCUUUUAAUAUGGAACUAGGCAAAGCUAGACAGACUUUCUUCUCGAAUAUUAUAAACAGCAACUUAAACAACACACGCACUCUUUUUGCGACUUUGUAGAGAGACUGACAAACCCCCCAAGCCAGAUUCCCAGUGAAAUGCUCUCAGACAGCAAGUGCAGUGAGUUUGCUUCUUUCUUCUCUGAAAAAAAUCAAUAAUAUCAGAAAGGUGAUCAGCACAUCCUUGAGUUGUGCUGGGGUCAGACAAAUCAAACCACAACCUGAGAAAGUAGUUACUAUGUCUGAUUUCAAAGAAAUUGAUGGCAAAAUUUUGGAAGAAACCGUACAGCACCUUAAAACAUCAACCUGCGCCCUUGAUACACUUCCCACAUCUUUUUUCAAAAGUAUGUUCAACUAUUUAGAAGCAGAUCUCCUAGAAGUGAUAAACUCUUCACUUCUCUCUGGGAGUUUUCCAAACUUCCUGAAAACUGCAGUUGUCAAGCCCCUCUUGAAAAAGAGCAAUCUGGAUAAGACCAUAUUAAGCAACUAUAGACCGAUCUCAAAUCUUCCUUUCAUAGGCAAGAUCAUUGAAAAAGUUGUCUUCAAUCAGCUGAACAAAUUCUUGAACUCAAAUGGAUACUUUGACAAUUUUCAAUCUGGUUUCCGAUCGCAUCACAGCACAGAGACAGGCUCAUAAAGAUAAUAAACGAUAUUCGCUUAAAUACUGAUACAGGCAAAUUAUCAGUACUGGUACUACUCGACCUCAGUGCUGCAUUUGACACUGUUGAUCACAACAUACUUCUUGACAGGCUGGAAAACUGGGUGGGGCUUUCUGGGAUGGUCCUAAAAUGGUUCAGGUCAUACUUAGAAGGGAGAGGUUAUUAUGUGAGUAUAGGAGACCAUAAGUCUGAGUGGACGUCCAUGACACGCGGAGUCCCUCAAGGCUCAAUUCUUGCGCCACUCCUGUUCAACCUGUAUAUGCUCCCAAUGAGCCAAAUAAUGAGAAAGAACCAAAUUGCUUACCACAGCUAUGCAGACGACACACAGAUGUACUUAGCCCUAUCACCUAACAAUUACAGCCCCAUUGACUCCCUGUGCCAAUGCAUUGAUGAAUUAAACAGUUGGAUGUGCCAAAACUUUCUUCAGUUAAACAAAGACAAAACUGAAGUCAUUGUGUUUGGAAACAAAGAUGAUGUUCUCAAGGUGAAUGCAUACCUUGACGCUAGGGGUCAAACAACUAAAAAUCAAGUCAGGAAUCUUGGUGUGUCUCUACAGUCAGACCUCAGUUUCAGUAGUCAUGUCAAAGCAAUAACUAAAUCAGCAUACUAUCAUCUGAAAAAUAUUGCAAGAAUUAGAUGCUUUGUUUCCAGUCAAGACCUAGAGAAACUUGUGCAUGCUUUCAUCACCAGCAGGGUGGAUUAUUGUAAUGGACUCCUCACUGGCCUUCCCAAAAGACCAUAAGACAGUUGCAGCUCAUACAGAACGCUGCUGCCAGGAUUCUGAGCAGAACCAGAAAAUAUGAACAUAUCACACCAGUCCUCAGGUCUUUACACUGGCUCCCAGUUACAUUUAGGAUUGAUUUUAAAGAAUUAUUACUGGUAUAUAAAUCACUCAAUGGGCUAGGACCUCAAUAUAUUGCAGAUAUGCUCACUGAAUAUAAACCCAACAGAUCACUCAGAUCAUUAGGAUCACAUCAGCUAGAAAUACCAAGGGUUCACUCUAAGCAAGGAGAGUCUGCUUUUAGCUAUUAUGCCAGCCGCAGCUGGAACCAGCUUCCAGAAGAGAUCAGAUGUGCUCCUACAGUAGUCACAUUCAAAUCCAGACUCAACACACAUCUGUUUAGCUGUGCAUUUACUGAAUGAGCACUGUGCCACUGUGUGUCCGACUGUUUGUACUGUAUUUUAUUUUAUUCUAAACUGUUUCAAUUAUUAUUUUUUUAUUCUUAUUUUAAUCUCUUCUAUGUAAAGCACUUUGAAUUACCAUUGUGUAUGAAAUGUGCUAUAUAAAUAAACUUGCCUUUGCCUUGCCUUGCCUUUCCCUUUCAAAGAGGUUUCCUCACAACAAAUGAAUUAUGGUUUUACUACAGUAAUAUUGUAUUAACCAUGACUGUAAUAACCAAGGUACAUUUUGUGGUUACUAUGAGUUUACUACAAAUAUGAUACACUUUCAAAUAAAUUUCAGGAUUUUACAAAAUUUAACAGUAAUUUCUUACAAUAAAAUACUGCUUUCAAUAUUUUACUGUAAAAUCAGUGCAGGCUAUGUCAUUUUCUGUUGUAACAUGAAAUUACUGUGAAAAAUAAAUAACAAUAUCGCACUGCAUUAUGGGAUAAUAGUGUUCCCUUUAAAGUCACUGUAAAGGGAUUAAGGGAAAGGAGGCGAGAACGUCACAGGUUACUUAAAAGCUACACUUUGAUGCUGCGCUGAUUUUAGUGCUUUGGGAAUGAGAAUACCCACGCCGCCGCACUGUGGAUGUCUGGACCCCUUACGGUUGUGUAGUUGUGCUCACAAGAGCAUAAGAGUUCUCAGACAUGAGCUUGUGAUAUAGACUCAAGGACACAAGAGCCUGGAGUGGCAUGAACAUUCAAACUAUAGAAUCUUAUGAGUGUGUGCGGAGAGGACCAGCCCGCCGCAUUACAAACAUGUUGCAGAGGGACACCUCUAGCCAAGGCUUUAGAGGAGGCGACCCCUCUUGUAGAGUGAGCCCUGAUCCCUACUGGCGAAGCUUGACCGCGCCUCGUAGGCCAGGGCAAUGGCAUCCCUCACCCAAUGCGACAUUGUCUGCUUGGUGGCGGCUGCCCCUUGUUGCGGCCCCAUGGCAAAUGGAUAGUUGCCCCGACUUAUGCCACUGGCUAGUGCUGUGGACAUAAGUCUGAAGGGCACAGACUCCAGUCCGUGAAGUCUUUCCUGCUCUGGCACUGUAAACGGCGGGGAGCAGAAGUCUUCGAGAGUGACCGGAUGUACGGUCGAGAAGGAACCUUAGGCAGGUAGUCAGGAUGAGGGUGCAAUAUUGCUUUUAGCCAUUUGGGCAAAAUCUAAGCAGGUUGGCAAGACAGACAGAGAAUGCAGGUCCCCAAUUCUUUUUAGAGAAGUAAUUGCCAAAAGAAAAACCAUCUUGAGAGUCAGAAGUUUCUCAGACGCUGACUCUAGAGGUUCAAAGGGGGUCUCAACCAGACCCUCAAGGACUAUUGCUAAGUCCCAUGAAGGGAUCCUGGUCCUAGCAGGAGGUCUCAAUCACAUGGCUCCACGACCGAAGCGAGCGAGCAGAGGAUGUCUCCCCAACGUUAUCCCAUCAGUCAAGGCGUGGCAAGCCGAUAGAGUGGCGGGGCAUGUGCUUGCUGAUAAUUGUCCUGCAGAAAUGUAAAUAAUAGUUUUAAUAUUAAACUGAAAAAAGACACAAACACACACACAUUGCGAUCUCUCUCUGUCGCACCACCAUCCGCAGUCGCCCGUUAUCCCUCUCGGAGGCUUGAUUAGCAUGAUAAGGGACCGGGUGUGCAGAAUCACCACCCGCCCUCCGCCCUGUCUCAGUCACCAUUUUGGUAUUUAGUGUUCACAUUGAAUGGGAACUCUGACUUAUUGAAGUAAAUAAAAAUGUAUCCUAGCUGAUGCAAUUGUGUUUUAAAAACAUUAUUCUUUGCACCGUGUGACAGGGAGAAAAUUUUUUCAAUUUAGUGAUAAAGAAAAAUACAUAGUUGUAAUUAAACAAUGAGGUAGUGAUGCUUGUAAUGCCAUGCAGUGAUAGAAUUGUUCAUCUGUUAUUGCACAUGAACCUUUAGUAUAAUUGUCAACCAGGUACACAAAAUUAUCAACUUUCAGCAUACAACACUCAACAAUGGUGACAAUAAACAAACAUUGCAGCUUGAAAAAAAUAUACAUUUGAUAAUUGUGAUUGUACAACACAGCACUGCUACAUUACAGUAAUUUCCUGGCCCUGUUCACUACAAAGUCACAGUAUACAGUUGUGUUUUAAUUGUGAUACAUUGUUGAAAUACUAUGAAAGUCAUGCAACUAAUUGCCUAGACAAGCCAAGAAUUUACUGUAAACUCACACAUUAUUGUUUUUUACAUUGUAGUUAAACUUUGGCAUUUGUAGUAAGAUCAAAGAAUCCACAAAAUUGUGAUUUGUAUAACCAUAGUUUUAGUUUUCCUGUAUUGUUACUGUGGUUUCAUUAGGAAUGUUCUACUACAACUACCAUAGUUAUAAUCUUAUUAUACAUUUACUCUUUUACGAGAGAAUGCAAAAAUAUUGCGAUGGGACAAAAACCUUUUUGCGAGGUAACACAAAACUUUUCAGAACAUAAAUGACCUCCAUGUCCUUUAAGGGGUUCCUUACGUUGACAUAUAAAUGUGGGCGUCCAUUCAAUAAUGAGUUGGGUUUUAGGGGCCUGGGUAGCUCAGCAAGUAAAGAUGCUGACUACAACCCCUGGAGUCACGAGUUCGAAUCCAGGGCGUGCUGAGUGACUCCCGCCAGGUCUCCUAAGCAAACAAAUUGGCCCAUUUGCUAGAGAGGGUAGAGCCACAUUGGGUAACCUCCUUGUGGUCACUAUAAUGUGGUUCUCGCUCUUGGUGAGGUGUGUGGUGAGUUGUGCGUGGAUGCCAUCUCCGUGGUAAUGCACUCAACAAGCCAACUGAUAAGAUGAGUGGAUUGAUGGUCUCAGACGCGGAGGCAACUGAGAUUCUUCCUCCGCCACCCAGAUUGAGGCGAGUCACUACGCCACCACGAGGACUUGGAGCGCAUUGGGAAUUGGGCUUUCUAAAUUGGUGAGAAAAAAAAUAGCUGUGUUUCAGGAACCAGAAGAUUUCAAAAGAGUUGUUUUUACAAUUUAGUUUUAAUAAAUGCUCUUUUUGGACUAUGGAGGAAGUUUUGAGUUCAAGAGGUAAGGUGUGUUUUUAUUGCACAUUGAACUCUUUUAAAUCAAC